UGUCAGCAUUUAUCCUCAAAUCUCGUCUCAAGAAAAAUAAAACCCCAUUGAAAAUUUACACUACAUUAUAACACCUUUUAACAACGGCUUCUUUGUAUGCAUUACCCAUAAGCUUUUCAGUUUUUCAUCCCUCAACUUUCAAGAAAAUGAUGUCAAUGGCAUCCCAAGCUGCAACCCACUUGCCUUCUUUGGAGAACUUGCCAGUUACGACUCUUUUUGAGAACUGCAAGUCCGUUGACCAACUCAGGCAAAUCCACGCCCAUACAAUCAAGAAGGGCAUUAUGUCAUCUCCGUUGGUACAAAAUAAGAUUGUCGCCUUCCCAUGUGAGCAUGAAGGCGGCAACAUGUUGUAUGCUCGCCGCUUGUUCGAUGAAAUUCCUGAACCAAGUGUUUUUGUUUGCAACACCAUGAUCGAAGGCUACUCUAGGCUAAAUCGUCCUAAAGAUGGGGUUUCGAUGUAUUUGGAGAUGCUAAGAAGGAAUGUGAAGCCUAAUGACUAUACGUUCCCGUUCCUAUUCAAGGGCUUUAAGCGUGAUACUGCUUUGGCAUAUGGGCAAGAGUUGCAUGGUCACGUGGUUAAAUACGGGUUCGAUUCAAAUGUCUUUGUCCAAAAUGCUUUGGUAAAUAUGUAUUCCUUGAGUGGCAUGAUUGAUAUGGCUAGCGGUGUUUUUGAUAUGAGUUGUGAGAGGGACGUCGUCACUUGGAAUGUGAUGAUAUCGGGUUACAACAGGAUCAAGCAUUUUGAUGAAUCAAGGAAGCUUUUCAAAGCAAUGAUGGAGAAGGGAGUGUUUCCCACUUCAGUUACCUUUGCUUUAGUGCUUUCUGCUUGCUCCAAAUUGAAGGAUUUAGAUACCGGAAAGCAGGUCCAUAGAUAUAUCAAGGAGUGCAAGAUUCAGCCUAAUUUAGUUUUGGAAAAUGCCUUGAUUGCUAUGUAUGCGGCUUGCGGGGAAAUGACAGUGUCUCUUGAUAUUUUUGAGAACAUGAAGACAAGUGAUGUAAUUUCUUGGACCAGCAUCAUUACUGGGUUCGCCAAUUCUGGGCAAGUUGAUUUAGCUCGGAAGUACUUUGAUCGUAUGUCUGAAAGAGACUAUGUCUCAUGGACAGCCAUGAUUGAUGGGUACCUGCGAGUGAACCGGUUCAAAGAGGCUUUGGAACUUUUCCGCAAGAUGCAGACUUCAAAGAUAAAACCUGACGAGUUCACUGUAGUGAGCAUCCUCACAGCCUGCGCUCAUCUAGGCGCACUUGAACUAGGAGAAUGGAUCAAUACUUAUAUUGACAGGCACAAGAUCAAGAAAGACAGCUUUGUUGGAAAUGCGUUAGUAGAUAUGUACUUUAAGUGUGGAAAUGUUGAAAAAGGGCUGCAGAUUUUCAAUGAAAUGCAAAGAGACAAAUUUACAUGGACAGCUGUGAUUGUUGGCCUUGCCAUUAACGGGUAUGGUGAGGAAGCUCUUGAUAUGUUUUCUCAAAUGCUAGAAGCUUCAAUUAUGCCAGAUGAGAUAACCUGCGUUGGUGUUCUUUGUGCCUGUACUCACACAGGCAUGGUUGACAAAGGACGAAGGUUUUUCGCUAGUAUGAUCAACCAACAUGGUAUUCAACCGAAUGUUGCACAUUAUGGGUGUAUGGUCGAUCUGCUUGGUCGAGCAGGGCAUCUACAAGAAGCAUAUGAAGUUAUACAGAACAUGCCAGUGAAACCAAAUUCAGUUGUCUGGGGAGCUCUUCUCGGUGCUUGUAGAAUUCAUAAAGAUGCAGAAAUGGCUGAAUUGGCGGCUAAAAACAUUCUGGAAUUGGAACCUGGUAAUAGUGCUGUUUAUGUUCUCUUGUGCAAUAUAUAUGCAACUUGCAAUAAAUUGGAAAGUUUGCGUGAACUACGAGAAAUGAUGCUAAAGAGGGGAAUUAAGAAGAUCCCUGGUUGUAGUUUGAUAGAGAUGAAUGGUAUGGUUCACGAAUUUGUAGCUGGAGACCAGUCACAUCCUCAAUCGAAAGAAAUAUAUUUGAAGUUAGAGAAAAUUACAAGCAAUUUGAAAUUCGCUGGAUAUACACCUGAUAUGUCUGAGGUGUUUCUUGACGUCGGGGAAGAGGAUAAGGAGAGCUCAGUCUACCGGCACAGCGAGAAGUUGGCUAUUGCAUUUGGCCUGCUUAGUUCUAAGCCUGGUGUGACAAUCAGAAUUGUGAAGAACCUAAGGAUGUGUGUGGAUUGUCAUCGUAUGGCAAAGUUAGUGUCAAAGGUGUAUAGUAGAGAAGUAAUUGUUAGAGACCGAACUCGGUUCCAUCAUUUCAGGCAUGGAUCAUGUUCAUGUAAAGAUUAUUGGGUCGAGCACAGGAAGCCGGCAAUGCAGACUGAUAGACUUGUCCAUUUGACGCGAACCAGGGAUGAAGAACUGAAAUAUCACCGUCAAGCAAGCACCUUGAGGAGCAAUACCAUAGAAAGCACAAUCCGGCUUGGCCAAGUGGUAACAAAGGCUCUUAGCGAAGUGCUUCACACUAACUUGAACAGAUUGUGCAUCUCCCCUCAAAAUUGCCCUAGAGGAUCGAGCCUGAGCACUCAGAUUCCGAUCCUCUACCGGAGCAUCAGCCUGCUCUCCUAUCACCAGCAAUUGCCGAAACUCGGCGCCAAGCGUGAUAAACGUCGUCGAAAUCUGCAUAUGCAAUUCCCCGUACUUGGUUAUGGAGACGUUCAGCAACUCGCCGAUGUGCUUCAUCCGAUCAACGAAGCUCUGGAGCUGGUUCAGGUCGGGGACCUGAACCAGAGUCGGAGGCAAAUCCUGUGCCGCGUCGAGAGCGGUUUGGAGCUCGAGAAGGUGAGCCCUAGAUAACGGUUUCGAGAUCGGAACGUCUUGAAUCACGGCGGAUUUGAAACCCUUGGUCUCGAAGGUAAGGAAAGGCAU